AUAAUUUUCCACAAUUCCUUGACACUUCUAACUGUGUAUUUUAUCAUUAAUUCCCGUACGAAUGUCUCCUCUGAAACUUCUCUUUCACAACAAUCUCAUACAGAUACUACCAAAGUGAAUUCAUCUUUGACAUCGGCAAAAGAAGUAGGGAACAUUUCUGCUUACUCCGAAGUUGGAAAUAAUGAAUCACAAGAUCUUGAUACGCAACUUGAAAUUGAUACUCCAUUUUCUGAAGUCGAUCUAGUACAAUUCGAAGAAGCGUACUCUAAAUUAGAUCCAAAUUGCAUGUGGACGCUUGAAAGUGGACGAAAAGUGGAAGAAGUAAUCUAUCAGUUUGCUAGAAAUUUGCCUGGAGAGACAUGCUUGCAUUCAUUUAUAAUAAAUGAUGCUCAUGCUGAUGUUAAAUCUUUAUUUUCUGAUGUCGAAUGGGAAGAAAUUACUGCUUUGGAAGUUAAAGAAAAUCCAAAACUCGAACGCUCUCUUCGGGAAUUAAUGAUAAAAUACACAGUUAGAAGUGUCAAGGAAUUGUGGAAAAUUAUCUAUGACCC